AUGGGCAGAGCCAGCACGAUCUCGAGCUCCGACUCUGACAGCGUGGGGGACAUGGCUUUCCAUGACAAUGGGAGACCCACUGGGAACGGGUGCACCGCCGCUACAAACAGCUCCAGGGCGAUCAGGGUCACCCGCUCCAUUGUCAUGGCGAUUCGCCAGUCCUCUGCUCCGUUAUCGUGGAUGUAGAGCUAACAGUGAUGUGAGUAUAGGUACAAAGCCAUGUCUGAGUUAGAGCAUAGAUGUAGUAUGGAAAAUGUAUGCACUCAUUAACUGUAAGAGCGUCUGCUAAAUGACUAAAAUGUAAAUGUAGUACAGUGUCACUGAGAGUGUAGUCAAAGUGUAAUAAAUGGUAUAACGAGAGGUACCAGACAAGGUUGCCCUCUGUCACCAUCUACUUUACCCGUUAGCAAUAGAGCCUCUACUAUACUAUAGUCUGGCAUAUAACAAAAACGAUUUUAGAGUAGAAUGACUUAAAAUAAUCUAACCCGAGGGAUCAUAGCUCGUUUAAGAUAGUGAGAUAUGGGCAGUUUAGUAAGUAGUCAGACAAGUGAAUUACCUGCACCUCACAGAUGUGGUAGACAAUGAUCAGGCCCAGCAGGGUAAGAGAGGAUAGGCUGAUAACAGACUUCAUAGCCAUGGAGUAUAUGGAGCUCUGUGGGGGAACACAUGUAGUGGACACACUCAUCUUAACAUACAGUACCCUUCAAUUUCUUUUAACAUACAGCUGGGAUUCAAUCCUAGGCGCAUUGUAGCGCGCUUGACAUUUAAAGGUAAUUUCCGAUUGAUACGAUCUCCGCGAACAUCUCCGGGAACAUUUCCUUUAAAAGGCGCAUUAUCCACAGUACAAUGCGCCUCAGAUUGCAUCCUGGCCACAGUAACCUUAAUUCAAAUAUGCCAUCUUCAGCAACAAACACGGAAGGCCUUCAAAUACAUUUAUCUGAGUAAGAACUAAUUAUUUCUCACUAAUUACCCAGGUGUCCCCAGCAUUUAAAAAACUUGAUCUGUGCCUGGUUGAACUUGCCUGGCUUAAUAAACCUAUAGAAAAUACCCCUCCCAUCUGGCACUCCAGGCAGACUCAAGCAAAUGCUCAAAGUAUAUACAAAAAUAAAUACAAAUUAAGCAUUGGAACCCAGAUCUGGUCCCCAGUGCUGACCUUACUGUAGAUGCUCCAGAAGAGCUCUGUCUCGGUGACCAUGACCACCACUCCAAACAUGCCCACAGCGAGCGCACAGUCAUUCAGCCUCUGCCUCCUCUCAAACAGCGCCCUUCGGCGGACCAGCCUACGACCGAUGCUCUGGGUCUUCUUGUGAGGGCAGUCACCUCCACCAUAGGUGCCCUUGGCCUCAGACUUGGUGUGAUUCUUGUCCGAGCUGGAUGUUUGAUUGGGGGCCUGUGGCUGGUAGUCGUCUUUGGUUGUAAUGAUAAUCUCGGGUAGACUCUGGCGGACCUGCAUCUCCAUUGAUGUGGCCUCUAGCCUUCGACCUCCUUUACUGGGUGGCCCACUUUCUGUAUCCCUUAAAUCCAUAUGAGACAUACAGACUCUGUUGUAGGGUGACUGAGUGGAUUUAAUGUCCUGCUGGCGCCUCUGUGGGCUUGAACUUUUUGUUUUACUACCCCAAAUCCAAUCCUUGUGCCCAGCAUUCUGUUUAUUCUCUGCUGUCUUCUUGCCUCUCUUUUCCUUGUGCACCUCCUUCCCCCUAACCUUUUCCUUAUUGUCUCCCCUUCGGGGUGAUGAGUGGGAUGAGGGUGAGACAUAUUGGCAGCCGUUGUAAUAUGAGAGGGCGGGUGAUGACUGGGUUCCAUCGAGCAACACUGAGUGAUCUCCCCCUCUUUGACAUGAGUGGUUCCUUCCGCACUGGUUGCCAAAAGCAGGUGGGAGAGGGACCACUUUUGAUGGAAGGAGGGGACGUUGAUCCUCCUCCUCAUUCUGCAUUGUCAAGUUCAUAGAGGGAGAGGGCUCCAUCUAGGGAUUGUUACAGGUGUUGAGUUAUUACGUUUGAAAGAUUUUAUGGGGUUUGGAAAGAUAAAAAAGUGAGAGAAUGCAGCCAUUUGGAGUGAAAACAGUACAAAUGUAUGCGAGGGAAGCAUAAAAAAACACAAACUCUAUUGUAAAAUAAAUCUGAGGGGAAGUUGAUAUGCCUGCGGAAUGCUAAGAGAUUCACAGAAGACAUUCAUACUAUUCACAGUUCACAUAUAAACAUGAACUCAAAUCUUCCUCUGUGAUAAUAGUUGACAUUAUAUUGACAUUUCCCUAUGGGGUUUCCAUCCAAGAUAAUAUGAUAAGACAAUGGAAACCUGUUGGAAAAACUUAUCUAGAAACACUGUAGAAUUAUUCAAGUUAUUGCAGUACCUGGUAAUCUUACCAUGUCAAUCAUCAAUCUUCUUGCCAAAUUACUAUUAAAACCUAGUUGAUUCUGCGCAGUCUUACCUCUCCACGUAUUUUCAAUUCCACCGUUGUUGGAUAAGAAGUCUUAAAUGUCCCUGUUCCUUUUAACUUCCUUAAAUUGUCCUUUAGUCAAUAUCCUCAAAGUCAACACAAAUGAAAUGAAGCAUCAGUUAAAAAGAUCCUGGAUAUUACCUAACGAUAAUUAGGUGACAAAACUACAAAAAUAUAUUCAGUUUCUUUAGUCUCUCAGAAAUAACAUUCUAUCAAUCCAGCUCCCCUCCCACAGACAUAAGUAAAGGUUAUGAACUAUAAUCCAUAUAGCAGCAUAUGAACCAUAUGUCCAUGGAUAUCAAUUGUAUUAUGACUCCUUUAUUUAAUUAUUUUCCAGUAUUAAGUUAUGUCCAUCAUGACAUCUUUAUUUAAGCUGGGCUUAUGACUGACUGUAAGAUCCACAGUUUCAGUUGUCCCGGUUGCAUGGCAAAGUAUUUGUCAUCUGACAGAAUUUUUAAAUCAAGUUUGAUAGUUCUUUCUCCUCUUUCUCCUUUUGUGUGUUUGUGUGUGUGUGUGUGUGUGUGUGUGUGUUGAAUAAGGUAAGAAUAGUUGACAUUUUGUUUUAUUGAGUGAUAAGGAUUACUAUUUUAUUGGGUUUUAUUUUUAUUUUUAUUAUAGUAAUGGGAGCUCGCCAAGCUGGCAAUUUGGAUCAUUUCCCAUUUAAUCUAAGAGAGUGCGUGAUGGUCCUGUGUAUCAAUGCAGGGGAGGAGAUUAUAGAAUUAUGACAGAUUAAUCAAAUUGGUUUGAGAGUCAAGAGAUCUGAUACUUAUGGGCUUAUGAAAUAUGUCACCCUUUAGCCUGACAAUGUGGAGAGGGAAAUGGUUUUGGAAUUAAAGUCAUAACAAUGACAUUCACCAUCAUUUAACUCUAUCUAUUAAUAUGUGACAGAUGGGGCUCCAGUUAACAAAGGAAGUCAAGGAGGGGUGGAGAGAGGAGGAUAAAGACAGGAAUUGUCUAUAAUCAAAAUACAACACAUACUCAGAGAGGUCUAAUCAUCUAGCCUGUAUUGCAGUUAUACAGCUAGGUGUAAAAUAGAUAAAAUAGGGUAAGUACUCUGUUCAAGGGUACACAGCCGGGGUACAUCAUCUGGGACUAUGAUCUGAACCCCAAAAACACUACAGUUCACUUCCCAUCGCUCCACUAUGCUGUCAUGAGAGAGAGAGAGAGAGAGAGAGAGAGAGAGAGAGAGAGAGAGAGAGAGGGAGGAGAGGGAGAGAGGGAGCGAGAGAAGAGAGAGAGCUAUACAAAGAGGUCUAAUCAUCUAGCCUGUAUUGCAGUUAUACAGCUGGGUGUAAAAUAGAUUAGUUAAGGUAAGUAGUCUCUGUUCAAGGCUACACAGCCGAGGUACACAAUCUGGGACUGAGAGCUGAACCCCAAAAACACUACAGUUCACUUCCCAUCGCUCCACUAUGCUGUCACGAGAGAGAGAGCAAGAGAGAGAGCUGUACACAGAGGUCUAAUCAUCUAACCCAUAUUGCAGUUAUACAGCUGGGUGUAAAAUAGAUUCAUUAGGGUAAGUACUUUGUUCAAGGGUACACAGCCGGGCACGCAAUCUGGGACUAAGAGCUGAACCCCCAAAACACUACAGUUUACUUCCCAUUGCUCCACUAUGCUGUCUAUAUAUAGAACAGGAAUCCAACAGGCACACCAAAGAGACAGACUCAACCUCAUGUAUUAGAAUCAUCCUUAGUGAAGAUAAGAACCAUUAGAACAAGGACCACUCAAAUCUAGAUAGUAGCCUACUAGAAGGAUGCAAUGAGACAGGUGAAAGGCAUUCGUCAAAAGAUAAUCCAUCAGGAAAAGGCUACUUUGAAAAGUGAGAAGUCAAGGCCGCAGAUACAGUGAGGGAAAAAAGUAUUUGAUCCCCUGCUGAUUUUGUACGUUUGCCCACUGACAAAGAAAUGAUCAGUCUAUAAUUUUAAUGGUAGGUUUAUUUGAACAGUGAGAGACAGAAUAACAACAACAAAAUCCAGAAAAACGCAUGUCAAAAAUGUUAUAAAUUGAUUUGCAUUAUAAUGAGGGAAAUAAGUAUUUGACCCCUCUGCAAAACAUGACUUAGUACUUGGUGGCAAAACCCUUGUUGGCAAUCACAGAGGUCAGACGUUUCUUGUAGUUGGCCACCAGGUUUGCACACAUCUCAGGAGGGAUUUUGUCCCACUCCUCUUUGCUGAUCUUCUCCAAGUCAUUAAGGUUUCGAGGCUGACGUUUGGCAACUCGAACCUUCAGCUCCCUCCACAGAUUUUCUAUGGGAUUAAGGUCUGGAGACUGGCAAGGCCACUCCAGGACCUUAAUGUGCUUCUUCUUGAGCCACUCCUUUGUUGCCUUGGCCGUGUGUUUUGGGUCAUUGUCAUGCUGGAAUACCCAUCCACGACCAAUUUUCAAUGCCCUGACUGAGGGAAGGAGGUUCUCACCCAAGAUUUGACGGUACAUGGCCCCGUCCAUCGUCCCUUUGAUGCGGUGAAGUUGCCCUGUCCCCUUAGCAGAAAAACACCCCCAAAGCAUAAUGUUUCCACCUCUAUGUUUGACGGUGGGGAUGGUGUUCUUGGGGUCAUAGGCAGCAUUCCUCCUCCUCCAAACACGGCGAGUUGAGUUGAUGCCAAAGAGCUCAAUUUUGGUCUCAUCUGACCACAACACUUUCACCCAGUUCUCUUCUGAAUCAUUCAGAUGUUCAUUGGCAAACUUCAGACGGGCAUGUAUAUGUGCUUUCUUGAGCAGGGGGACCUUGCGGGUGCCGCAGGAUUUCAGUCCUUCACGGCGUAGUGUAUUACCAAUUGUUUUCUUUGUGACUAUGGUCCGAGCUGCCUUGAGAUCAUUGACAAGAUCCUCCCAUGUAGUUCUGGGCUGAUUCCUCAUCGUUCUCAUGAUCAUUGCAACUCCACGAGGUGAGAUCUUGCAUGGAGCCCCAGGCCGAGGGAGAUUGACAGUUCUUUUGUGUUUCUUCCAUUUGCGAAUAAUCGCACCAACUGUUGUCACCUUUUCACCAAGCUGCUUGGCGAUGGUCUUGUAGCCCAUUCCAGCCUUGUGUAGGUCUACAAUCUUGUCCCUGACAUCCUUGGAGAGCUCUUUGGUCUUGGCCAUGGUGGAGAGUUUGGAAUCUGAUUGAUUGAUUGCUUCUGUGGACAGGUGUCUUUUAUACAGGUCACAAACUGCGAUUAGGAGCACUCCCUUUAAGCGUGUGCUCCUAAUCUCAGCUCAUUUCCUGUAUAAAUGACACCUGGGAGCCAGAAAUCUUUCUGAUUGAGAGGGGGUCAAAUACUUAUUUCCCUCAUUAAAAUGCAAAUCAAUUUAUAACAUUUUUGACAUGCGUUUUUCUGGAUUUUUUUGUUGUUAUUCUGUCUCUCACUGUUCAAAUAAACCUACCAUUAAAAUGAUAGACUGAUCAUUUCUUUGUCAGUGGGCAAACGUACAAAACCAGCAGGGGAUCAAAUAAAUUUUUCCCUCACUGUAUAUGAUAAUAUACUUGUUGUUGAUAAUACCCUAUUAAGUGGGAGUCGUCAGCAGAGUAUAACGCCCUAAUCCAAUCAAGAGAGUAUUUAAAAACACACAGCACAAUGACUAAUGGUGUGCGUCCCAAACGGCACCCUAUUCCCUAUAUUGUGCAGUACUUUUGACCAGAGCCGUAUGGGCCCUGGUCAAAAGUAGUGCACUACAUAGGGAUUGGGUUGCAAUUUGGGACCAAACCAUGGUUCCAUUGUGAGAGGCCAGGUAGCACUCAGUAAUCAAUGGGAUUAACUAUUCUUCCCUAGAGAAAUCAUCACCAGCAGCAUCCACGUGUUCUUCAUCAUGAAAAUUAUUUUAUUUAUUCAGCUUCCCUAUUAAUUGUUAUUUUUCAUGAGCAAUUGUUUUACAAAAGCCACUCCUCAUUGUUUUCAUAUUCUUUAUCAUUCUCUUGAUCGUCUCCUCCUCAUCAUUACCCUCCUCCUCCCCUCAUCACAGGUUGGUCAGAAAUAGUUAUCUUUACCCUGAAUGUAGUUCUUGUAUUAACCACCAGAUGUCACACACACCCUAGUGGCUGACAAGCAUAUUUUUAUGAGGCGUCAUGGUUUUGAUUUUGGCACAAUAAUAGUGCACAAUAGGACAGGCACCGUAUUUGACACCAUAUUUUAAUCAGACUUUAGUUCAUUCUGUAUAUAUUGAAAUUAUGGAGGUAUGUAGAUUCAACAGGAAUCUUCUCACAUGGCCUAUUACAGUUGUGCACCAUACAAGUAACUGCCAAAAUAAAGGAAAUACUUGAGUAAAUGAGGGAUACAAGGAAAGCAGGUGCUUCCACGCAGGUGUGGUUCCUGAGUUAAUUAAGCAAUUUAAAUUAAAACAUCCCAUCAUGCUUAGGGUCAUGUAUAAAAAUGCCCUGUUGCCCAUUAUUUUGGAGACCAUGGCUAGAAGAAGAGAUCUCAGUAACUUUGAAAGAGGGGUCUUAAAAGAGCAUAGGGGGUUUAAAGGGUGUGUGUGUCUCAGUCACCAGAUCUCAAUCCAAUUGAACACUUACAGGAGAUUCUGGAGGGGUGCCUGAAACAGCGUUUUCCACCACAUUUACAUUUACAUUUUAGUCAUUUAGCAGACGCUCUUAUCCAGAGCGACUUACAGUUAGUGAGUGCAUACAUCAUUUUUUAUACUGGCCCCCCAUGGGAAUCGAACCCACAACCCUGGCGUUGCAAACGCCAUGCUCUACCAACUGAGCUACAUCCCUGCCGGUCAUUCCCUCCCCUACCCUGGACGACGCUGAGCCAAUUGUGCGCCGCCCCACCACCAUCAACAAAACACCAUAUUAUAGAAUUUCUUGUGGAAGAAUGGUGUCGUAUGGUUCAAGACACUUGUAGAAUCUAUGUCAAGGCACAUUGAAGCUGUUCUGGUGGCUCGUCAUGGCCCAACGCCCUAUUAAUACACUUUAUGUUGGUGCUUCCUUUACUUUGGCAGCUACCUGUAUAUCCUUGUUGUUUCAUGCUUGGUGCAGUUUUCUUUACUUCACCGAUACCAAUGCUUUCUUCCCCCAAUUCUAUGGGCCAUUCUUCAUUGUGUGCACCCAUGCGUGAAUCUGUGCCUCUAGGGCACACGGGAUGCCUGACAACCCCCCAUAAGCCGUGGAUAGCGAAGGGCAGCAGAAGUAAUAGGGUAUUCUAUUAUACAGUCCGUCCCUUUCUCCCUCUUUCUUUCUCUCUCUGUUUCUCUCCUCUUCCCUGCAUCAGCACUUCAUGAGGACGAAUGAUGAGUGGAGUCUAACUAUGCACAUUCCUGGGCCCCCAUGCAGAGCCCAGCACUUUCUCAAUUAGACAAAUCCAUCCCUCCUGCUGAUUCAACUCCCCCCUCAUUGACGGAGCUACUUCCCCACCACACCACACACAACCCAGCCAAAUCACUCACCUAUCUAUCACCUCGCUCACUCACACACAGACUAGUUCUCCUCUCCAUCAGCUCUCUGCUCCAGCAGACUGUGUAUAUCACACUGCAGCACAGACAAAUCUGGAGAUUGGACCCAAGAGGCAUAUUGGUACACACACGAAAUUAAUGGAAUAGAUACAAAUAUUCUGUAAUAUUGUCAAUGAAGAUGUUGACACAAAUCAAUCAGGUGGGACUAUUUUUCUCAAAAAGGUCAGUUGAGGCAGAUAUAGGCUCCCCCUUCCUCUCUUUUUUCCCUCUUCCACAUCCCUUAUUUCCUCUCACGCUUUCCUUCUAGACUCCACCUCCCAGGGAAGCAGAGGGACACGGUAAGGGAGGGGGGAUAAGGAGAGAGAGAGCAACAGAGAAAAGGGGGGGGGCGGCUGGCUUGUCUAGAAUCAGUUGUUUUUUUCCUCCACUCAUUCACUGCAUUUUUCCCGACGGCGUGUACCAACUUAGGCUCCGUACCUCACUGCCUGCCACCCAUCUCUCUGUCCUUCUCUCUCUGAUUCACUUCUUCAUUUCUUCUGAUACUCUGUGGAUGCGAAUCAGGGAAAUUCCAGCCUCUGAAUCCAAUCUUCCUGUCUGUGCCUCUUCUCCUCUUAUCCCCAUCUCAGCUGCACUCUUCUCUGAUCCCUAUCCAUUAGAAAUGUGGUGCUUUGUGGUUCUGGUUCUCUGUGGAUUCUCUGCUUUGGUCCAGGGUAGGUCUGCCUCUCUAUUUACUCUCUCUGACUACAUUGAAAGAUUAGAGUUACAAAGCCAGAUGGAAAGACUAGGAAAAGAUCACUGGAAAAGAGUAGAGGAUGAAUGAGAAGUGCAUGUGUAUGUGUAUUUUUGCGUUCUCUCAGUGUUUGUGCUCUUGUUUUAUGUUUGUCUGUUUGUACAUGCCUACCUGUGUGCAUAGUUAAUACAGUAGUCUACAUCUGUUAAUCAGAGCCUGAUGUGAUGUGGUGCUCAAUGUAAAAUACAUGUUGUCUAUUGUGGGGAACGACAUAAAAAGAAAGAGAGUCAGUUUAUAAAUUGAGAGAGAUGGGGAUAAAUGCUUUACAAGGGAAGAAUUUUAUGCUGCAAUCAUAACCCUCUAUUUCCUCAAAAUCUCUGUGGACAGAGAGUGCAGUAUCUAUGGGAUUGAACCAGCAGGGAACAGACAAUUGUUAAUGGUGUUCACAUCAAUUGAAUGGUGUCAUUUCAAUUGAACACCAUUAUAGAUCUGGUUCGAUCUUGCUUCCUUGUUAUGCUGUUAUGGACAUGUUUCUGUAGCAGAGAGAGUAGAUACGCUGUAAGCAGCAGAAGAGAUAUGUUGCUAAGGGAAAGGAAAGGUAUUACUACAGUAUAUCAGAGGCUGCUUGCCAUGGGACUAGGUAAAGAGAUAGUGAACUUUCCUCUCAAUGCAAAAUCGUGAAUAAUUUCCAGACCGUAACCUUUUGUAGAGAUUCUUGUUAAUUUCCCAGUGAAACCUGAUUCUCCUUGGGCUAUUGACACACAGUGGUAAAGGAUAACAGCAACAGCUAGAAGUACACAGACCACUGAAAGCGCUCUUAACGUCUGUUUGUACACCAAAUGACACACAACAGUUAAACACAUAUCGGGCAACAUAACAGCUACAGUUAUGGGCCUAUGAGGUUAAAAGCUAAAAGCAAAUACAGCUGCCAAAACCAUACACAAUAGCUAGAAGCUGACAAAAGAUGCUAAGUCGACAUCAAAAAUAUUAAAAACCCACAGACUUUAGUUAGAAGCAUGCACAACAGUAAUGUAUCAUUACGAAAGUUCUAAGGCAGUGCAAGAUGGUGGUCCUACAGUAGUUGAAAGCACAGGAGGCUGCUGAGGGGAGGACGAUUCAUAAUAAUGGCUGGAAUGGAGUAAAUGGAAUGGUAUCAACCUGAUGGAAACCAUGCUUGAUGUGUUUGAUACCAUUCCAUUAAUUCCAUUCCCGCCAUUACUUUCAGCUCGUCCUCCUAAUUUGAGUAACAAAAUAGAAACACAUCCAAGAUAUAAUUGUCAGUAAAAUUCUACAUUUCUAAAUGAGUCACAACACUUUCUUGAAACAAAUCCUUACCAUGCCUUAUUUAAUGAUUCACACUGCAUUCUUGUUUAAAUUUGUAGUGCUUCAGGGAUUUUACACUUACAAAACUGCUUGAUUAUUCAUUAAUUAGGUGUUCUUGCUGAAAACAAAGCACAACUUUAGAAACUAUUCAUACUUAUUAUUAUUCUCCUUCCGCUCUCAUAAAAGCUACCAACACCAAAACAACUUUAAAACGUGCAAGCUGACUGUGCUUGAAAGAAACUUGUUGAUACUACUGAUACUUUUCACACUACAACAACAUUUGCAUAAAUUCCAAUGCAUUUCAAUGGCCAUAGGUUAACAUGGGAGAAGUUUGGACCGUAACUAGUCUUAAACCGUUUAAGCUAGAAACAUUGUUUAAACUUUAAAAAUUUGCUGACCAGUCUGGAAUGGUGUGCUUGUCAACAGCUUUUGAUACAAUUUACACUUUUUGAACAAUAACUGUUUCAAAUAUGCAUAAAAGCUCCAUAGGCUUGAAUAGGAAGUAUUUGGAUACACCACUGCUCCUGAACCGUUAAAGCUACCAACACCAAAACAACUUUAUAGCAUGCAGACUGGUCCUGGUACUGUUGCUUGAAAAAAAACGUUGAUACUAAUGAGACUUUUCACACUACAACCAUAUUUGCAUACAUUUAAAUGCAUUUUAGGAGCCAUUGACUUGAAUGGGAAAAAUUCUGGUCGCUAAGCUAGAAAUGCCAUUCAAACUUUAAAAUGUUUUUUUGAUACCUAAUGUUUCUAUCGCCUCUCUUCUGAAAUCUCCUGCUCUCCUUUUCUUCCAUCUCCCUCUCCUCCGUUCUUCUCUCAGUGUCGGUGCAGGGCCCUCACCAGAGGACCCUGUUGAAGAACCUAUUGAAGGACUACAAUCGUAUGGAGAGGCCGGUGGGCAACGAUUCACACUCCCUCACCGUCUUCUUCACUAUCAGUCUGAUGCAGAUCAUGGAUGUGGUAGGGUUCAAUGUUCAGAUUCCAUUUACGUUAUUUUAUCUGUUUGCCUACCUAUCUGUUGGUGCCUUCGUCUAUACCUGUGCCGCCUGCCUGAUCUGUAAAAGUAAAUAUUCCACUGCACCUAAAAAAAACAACUAUUUUGAGUCAGGUCUCUCAAUAUACAGUAGGUCGUCAGAAUAAGAAUUUACUUAAAAAGAUUCACAUCUUACAGGAUGAGAAGAAUCAGGUCCUCACCACUAACAUCUGGCUUCGGAUGGUAAGCACAGCACAGCUUCAAGUAAGAGUAUACAGCUGUCGAAGUGAGAGUGAAUGUAUUGUAUCGCUCUCAGGGGACCUUCUCAGUUAUACACUGAGUGUACAAAACAUUAAGGACACUUGCUCUUCCCAUGACAGACUGACCACAUGAAUCCAGGUGAAAGCUAUGAUCCCUUAUUGAUGUCACUUGUUAAACCCACUUCAAUCAGCGUAGAUAAAGGGGAGGAGACAGGCUAAAGAUGGAUUUUUAAGCCUUGAGACAAUUGAGAAAUGGAUUGUGUAUGUGUGCCAUUCAGAGGGUGAAUGAGCAAGACAAAAUAUUUAAGUACCUUUGAAUGGGGUAUGGUAGUAGGUGCCCUUGUAGAGUCCAUGCCCUGAUGAAUUUAGGUUGUUCUGAGGGAAAAAGUGGGGGGGUGCAACUCAAUAUUAGGAAGGUGUCCUUAAUGUUUUGUACACUCAGUGUAUAUUCAGUUCACGUUGAAUUCAAUUGCCUUGUCCAAUAUAUCCAGUUUGAGUCUGUCUUCCAGAGCUGGUUUGAUCAUUAUCUUCAGUGGAACCAGUCUAAAUACCCUGGAGUGAAAAACCUUCGGUUCACAACUGACCAGGUGUGGACGCCAGACAUCCUCCUCUAUAACAGGUAAAACACCUAUAGUCAUAUCACGUUGUCAUGCCUCACAUUUACAUGCAUGUCUUUUCUGCUUUUAAAACACUACUGUCCAGAGUUCGAUCCACCCUUUCCUUUCUCCUUUCUCAGUGCAGACGAUGACUUUGACUCUGCCUUCAAGACCAAUGUGCUGGUCAACUCCAGUGGCUUUGCAGAGUAUCUCCCUCCAGGUGAGUCCCUUUCUCUUUCUCACUCUGUAUAUAUAUAUAUAUAUAUAUAUAUAUAUAUAUAUAUAUAUAUAUAUACACACAGUGAGGGAAAAAAGUAUUUGAUCCCCUGCUGAUGUUGUACGUUUGCCCACUGACAAAGAAAUUAUCAGUCUAUAAUUUUAAUGGUAGGUUUAUUUGAACAGUGAGAGACAGAAUAACAACAAAAAAAUCCAGAAAGACGCAUGUCAAAAAUGUUAUAAAUUGAUUUGCAUUUUAAUGAGGGAAAUAAGUAUUUGAUCCCCUCUCAAUCAGAAAGAUUUCUGGCUCCCAGGUGUCUUUUAUACAGGAAACGAGCUGAGAUUAGGAGCACACUCUUAAUGCUCCUACUCUCAGCUUGUUACCUGUAUAAAAGACACCUGUCCGCAGAAGCAAUCAAUCAAUCAGAUUCCAAACUCUCCACCAUGGCCAAGACCAAAGAGCUCUCCAAGGAUGUCAGGGACAAUAUUGUAGACUUUCACAAGGCUGGAAUGGGCUACAAGACCAUCGCCAAGCAGCUUGGUGAGAAGGUGACAACAGUUGGUACGAUUAUUCGCAAAUGGAAGAAACACAAAAUAACUGUCAAUCUCCCUCGACCUGGGGCUCCAUGCAAGAUCUCACCUCGUGGAGUUGCAAUGAUCAUGAGAACGGUGAGGAAUCAGCCCAGAACUACACGGGAGGAUCUUGUCAAUGAUCUCAAGGCAGCUGGGACCAUAGUCACCAAGAAAACAAUUGGUAACACACUAUGCCGUGAAGGACUGAAAUCCUGCAGCGCCCGCAAGGUCCCCCUGCUCAAGAAAGCACAUAUACAUGCCCGUCUGAAGUUUGCUAAUGAACAUCUGAAUGAUUCAGAGGAGAACUGGGUGAAAGUGGUGGUCAGAUGAGACCAAAAUGGAGCACUUUGGCAUCAACUCAACUCGCCGUGUUUGGAGGAGGAGGAAUGCUGCCUAUGACCCCAAGAACACCAUCCCCACCGUCAAACAUGGAGGUGGAAACAUUAUGCUUUGGGGGUGUUUUUCUGCUAAGGGGACAGGACAACUUCACCGCAUCAAAGGGACGAUGGAUGGGGCCAUGUACCGUCAAAUCUUGGGUGAGAACCUUCUUCCCUCGUGGAUGGGUAUUCCAGCAUGAAAAUGACCCAAAACACACGGCCAAGGCAACAAAGGAGUGGCUCAAGAAGAAGCACAUUAAGGUCCUGGAGUGGCCUAGCCAGUCUCCAGACCUUAAUCCCAUAGAAAAUCUGUGGAGGGAGCUGUAGGUUCGAGUUGCCAAACGUCAGGCUCGAAACCUUAAUGACUUGGAGAAGAUCUGCAAAGAGGAGUGGGACAAAAUCCCUCCUGAGAUAUGUGCAAACCUGGUGGCCAACUACAAGAAACGUCUGACCUCUGUGAUUGCCAACAAGGGUUUUGCCACCAAGUACUAAGUCAUGUUUUGCAGAGGGGUCAAAUACUUAUUUCCCUCAUUAAAAUGCAAAUCAAUUUAUAACAUGCGUUUUUCUGGAUUUUGUUGUUGUUAUUCUGUCUCUCACUGUUCAAAUAAACCUACCAUUAAAAUUAUAGACUGAUCAUUUCUUUGUCAGUGGGCAAACGUACAAAAUCAGCAGGGGAUCAAAUACUUUUUUCCCUCACUGUAUAGCUCAGAUGUGACACAUUGUGUUUUGGUGGGAUGGUGUUUAAAGGAAAAGGGAAGAAAUAGGUGUGGGUGGUUGGUAAUGUUUGGGAAUAGUUUUUAUAGCUCAGAUGUGAUGCAUGGUGUUUUGGUGGGAUGGUGUCUAGGAUGGUGUCCCAAAUGGCACCCUAUAUCUUACAUCAGGGGUAGGCAACCCUGGUCCUGCAGGCACUUCAUGUUUUGGAUUUAACCGAUUGGGAAGACCAGGUGUGUUGAAUUUAGGCAACCAUUGAACUGAUCAAUUAGCUCAUUUGGUCAGGUGUGGUGCCUAGUUGGAACAAAAUCCUGCAGUACUCCAGGAACAGGGUUGGCUACCCCUGCCCUACAUAGUGCACUACUUUUGACCAGAGCCCAAAAGUGCACUAUAUAGGAAAUAGGGUGCCGUUUGGGACAAACACUAAGGGAAAGGAAGGAAAUAGGUUUUUGAAGGCUGGAGUGAUCCAUCUUGUUUCCUGUGCAGAGGUUGUUUUUCAAGGGAUUCUCCAGAGUUUUAAGAUAUAUUUUUAGAAGUAAAGAAUCUUGAGAUAAGUUGCAGUUUGAGGGCAUUUUGUGUCAAGGAAUGUUGCUUGUCGGAUCAGCUUUUAGAGUAACCUAAUUGUUAGCUUAGAGCAGGGUUCUUCAAUUCCGGUCCUGGAGGGCCGAAACACCUCUGUUUUUCAUCCUCUCCUUCUAAUCAGGGGCUAAUUCAGACCUGGGACACCAGGUGAGUGCAAUUAACUACCAGGUAGAAAUAAAAAACAGAAGUGUUUCGGCCCUCCAGGACCGGAAUUGAAGAACCCUGGCUUAGAGGAUCUGUUACAGAGCUGCAGGAGAGCAGUGAAUUGCAAAUGGAGGUAAAUGUAGCUAGAGAAAAUAAUGAGUUACUACAAAGCCCUUGCCGCAGAGCAAAGAGGUGCAGUUGUAAGGAAAUUGCAUGAGUUUGAGAGUUGUAAGUUGUAUUUUGGACUGUUCAUUGUUUACAAUUUCAUGACCACAUGCCUUUCCGGCUCAGCGGGAGACUAUAAAUCAAAUCAAAUUGUAUUUGUCACAUGCGCCGAAUACAACAAGUGUAGACCUUACCGUGAAAUGCUUACUUACAAGCCCUUAACCAACAAUGCAGUUUAUUUGAAAGUAAAAAAUAUUUGCUAAAAAAAUAACACAAUAAAUAACAAAGCUAUAUACAGGGGGUACCAGAUCGAAUCAAUGUGCGGGGGUACAGGUUAGUUGAGGUAGUUGAGGUAUUAUGUACAUGUAGGUAGGGGUAAAGUGAAUAUGCAUAGAUAAUAAACAGAGAGUAGCAACAGCAUAAAAAGGGGGUCAAUGUAAAUAGUCCGGGUAGCCAAUUGAUUUACUGUUUAGAUGUCUUAUGGCUUGAGGCUAGAAGCUAUUAGGGGCCUUUUGGACCUAGACUUGGUGCUCCGGUACAGCUUUCCGUACGGUAGCAGAGAGAACAGUCUAUGACUUGGGUGGCUGGAGUCUUUGACCAUUUCUUUAGCCUUCCUCUGACACCGCCUGGUAUAGAGGUCCUGGAUGGCAGGAAGCUUGGCCCCAGUGAUGUACUGGGCUGUACGCACUACCCUCUGUAGCGCCUUGCGGUUGGAUGCUGAGCAGUUGCCGUACCAAGUGGUGAUGCGGUCGGAUGCUGAACAGUUGCCAUACCAAGCAAAGUAUGCAAUUGAGAUUCUCCCAAUGAGUACUGUACAUUUCAGGAGAAAGGGGAUAUAUUGGGACGCACCCAGACAGUGCCAUAUAGAGUGACACUGAUCUCUACUCUGGAGAUGCCAUUAUGUGUGAUUCCCCAAAAAACGAUAGAAUGAAACUCCAUUUUAAAUCUUGCAUUAGACAUUUUAUGUUUAUGUGAUGACUAAGUUUUAUAAUCAAUACUGGAUUUAAUUUAGUAUUGGUUUGAUCGUUAACUUCUGGUUGCAUAGUGGAAAAUCAGCUAAUCCAUUCAAAUUGCUUUUCAGCCCUUUUGUUUUUUUAAGGCCUCAUUUGCAUGUCUUCUGACUCAUAAUUAAUGUUUUUUAGUGCUGUUUGGAAGACUACUAUGGCAUUUUGGUUGUGUGCUCUACUGGAAAACUCAAUAGGGUUAAUUUGUUCAUUUCAGUAAUUGCUUUGCUUAAGUUUGCCAGCGAUCUCUGUGUGCAUAAGUCGUGUAGUACUUUGUGUGUCAUCUCUGUGUGUGUGUGUGUGUGUGUGUGUGUGUGUUUCCCCCUGUGUGCACUAAUAAUGUAGUACUUUGUGUGUCAUCUCUGUGUCUGUGUGUUUCUGUAUAAUGAAAAGGUUGAUCAGUUGUCUGCAGAGUAGAGAUCAAUGUCACUCUCUAUAUGGCACUAUAUCUCCUUUCUCCUGAAGUGUACUCAUUGGGAGAAUCUCAAUUGCAUACUCCUCGCGUCCUCUCUCCUCACCUCCUUUUCAAAACCCACUGGAUGAGAAAGCCAGAGGUCCCUCCCAUCUGACCUUCUCCUCCAAUGGGUUUUGAGAAGGCGGAGAGGAGAGAGGACCCGAGGAGUGUGCAAUUGAGAUUCUCCUCCUCACUACUUCACACAAAUCUUAAAGUAUUGGAUUGGUGGAGGCAGCGGACAGAAAAUAAGGAAUUUACACCAGUCAUUUCCUUUCAAAUCAGUGAAGUGAACAAGUGCACACUUUGGAAGGAAGGACAGAUAAUUGAGAUGUAGCCAUUCACUCUUGAACUGUUUUUCUGUGUACUGACCCCUCCUCCAGAGUGCUUAAAGAUAGGUGCCAGAACAAGAAGAUACAGUGCAUUCGGAAAGUAUUCAGACCCCUUGACUUUUUCCACAUUUUGUUACGUUACUGCCUUAUUCUAAAAUAUAUUAAAAUUGUUUUUCCCCCCCUCAAUCUAGACACAAUACUCCAUAAUGACAAAGCAAAAACAGGUUUUUAGAAAUGUUUGCAAAUUUAUUAAAAAUAAAAAACGGAAAUAUCACAUUUAUAUAAGUAUUCAGACCCUUUACUCAGUACUUUGUUGAAGCACCUUUGGCAGCGAUUACAGUCUCGAGUUUCUCCCGUUCUUCUAUGCAGAUCCUCUCAAGCUCUUUCAGAUUGGAUGGGGAGCGUUGCUGCACAGCUAUUUUCAGUUCUCGCCAGAGAUUUUCGAUCGGGUUCAAGUCCGGGCUCUGGCUGGGUCACUCAAGGACAUUCAGAGACUUGUCUUGGCUGUGUGCUUAGGGUCGUUGUCCUGUUGGAAGGUGAACCUUCACCCCAGUCUGAGGUCCUGAGUGCUCUGGAGCAGGUUUUCAUCAAGGAUCUCUCUGUACUUUGCUACGUUCAUCUUUCCCUCGAUCCUGACUAGUCUCCCAGUCCCUGCCGCUGAAAAACAUCCCCAAAGCAUGAUGCUGCCACCACCAUGCUUCACCGUAGGGAUGGUGCCAGUUUUCUUCCAGACAUGGCAUUCAGGCCAAAAUCUUGUUUCUCAUGGUUUGAGAGUCCUUUAGGUGCCUUUUGGCAAACUCCAAGCGGGCUAUCAUGUGCCUUUUUACCGAGGAGUGGAUUCCGUCUGGCCACUCUACCAUAAAGGCCUGAUUGGUGGAGUGCUGCAGAGAUGGUUGUCCUUCUGGAAGGUUCUCCCAUCUCCACAGAGGAACUCUGGAGCUCUAUCAGAGUGACCAUUGGGUUCUUGGUCACCUCCCUGAUGGAGGCCACUGUGUUCUUGGGGACCUUCAAUGCUGCAGAAAUUUUUUCGUACCCUUCCCCAGAUCUGUGCCUCGACACUGCACUGUCAACCGUGGGACUUUAUAUAGACAGGUGUGUGCCUUUCCAAAUCAUAUCCAAUCAAUUGAAAUUACUACAGGUGGACUCCAAACAAGUUGUAGAAACAUCUCAAGGAUGAUCAAUGGAAACAGGAUUAACCUGAGCUAAAUUUCGAGUCUCAUAGCAAAGGGUCUGAAUUCUUAUGUAAAUAAGGUAUUUGUUUUUUACUUUUAAUAAACUAGCUAAAAUUUCUAAAAACCUGUUUUCGCUUUGUCAUUAUGGGGUGUUGUGUGUAGAUUGAUGAGAAAAAAACAAAUAUUUGAUCAAUUACAGAAAAGGGCUGUAACGUAACAAAAUGUGGAAAAAGUGAAGGGGUCUGAAUACUUUCCGAAUGCACUGUAUGUGCAAAGUACAUAUUUUCUUAGAGUGUGUAUGUGGACAACAAGUCAAAUGUGUCUCAUUCUCUCUUCAAAUCCCCCCCGUGCACAGGUGGGUGUCUAUAUCUCUUGUACUUCACUCUUUGCCUCCCUUUUUAUCAAUCUCUUUCCCUGUAUGUCAGGGAUUUUCAUGAGCACAUGUAACGUGGACGUACGUUGGUUCCCCUUCGACAUCCAAAAGUGUGAGAUGAAGUUUGGCUCAUGGACGUACGAUGGCUGGCUGAUGGACCUACAAAUGAAUGAUGCCGACAUAUCCGGGUACAUGUCCAACGGGGAGUGGGACCUAGUGGGUGAGUGGGGUUGGAAUCACACUCCUACAUUUCUGUUAUCAAUUGCUCAACUACCUUGUCAACUCAACUAAAACUUUUAUAAAAAUUCCUUCCUCUUUCUUCUCUCCUUUUGUUUUUCUCUCUCACUCACUCUCUCAAGGAGUGCCAGGCACUCGUAGCGAGGUGUUCUAUGACUGCUGUAAGGAGCCCUACCCUGAUGUGACGUUCGUUGUGACCAUCCGCCGGCGUACUCUCUACUACGCUCUAAACUUGCUCAUCCCCUGUGUGCUGCUGUCCUCCAUGACCCUGCUUAUCUUCUUACUGCCUGCCGACUCUGGAGAGAAGAUCUCUCUGGGUGAGCAGAGAGGAGAGAACAUGAUCCAAGAGUGAUAGAAUAGAAUAACCUUCUUUUUCUAGAAGGAACCUAGAGAGGAGAGGAUGAGAGGAUGGAGGACAGUAGCAUGGAGAGGAGGAGAAGUGGAAAGGCAUAGGAGAGUAUAGGGAGGAAUAAGAAGAGGAUGGGAGGGGAAUAAUGGUGACAGGGAAGAAAAGAUGACAGGGGAUGGAGAGUAGAUUGAUUCUAGAAAAACUAAAAAGUGGUGGAAAACAAAGAAGACCUAGAAGAAAUUUGGGGAUGUAAAACAUUUUAACCUAAUUUGAGGAUGCAUUACACUGCAUUGUAUUACACACACCACAGCCAAUUAACCUAUUGAUGUAAUUAAGCCCAGGAAUUGAUUAGGGAGAGAGCUUACACACAGCCUUCCAUGAAUUCAGCUUGACACCAUGCUUGAUGAACAGGUUUUAAGGAAUUAAGUGCCAAGAUACAGCCUGGCUGAUACCAGGUUAUGUUGUACAACAAAAGCUAUGUACCCAAUACCCAUCGUAGUGUGGAGAGGCUGUUUUUUAUAUACUCUCAUCGAGUCUCAUGUUAAGGGUAGAAAUGCGCCCAGUUUUGUGCCUUGGCACUGAUUGGUUAUCACCCCAAAAAAUUACCAGAGGGGCGUUGAAAACUCUUGCUGUUUGGAUUUGAAAACAAACAGUUGUAAAGCAAGGGGGCAGCGCUCGCGGCCUAUUUGUGUGUGGGGUGUUUCAGCGAGAGAGACGUAGAGGGGAACCAACCAGUGUAAAAGCACAGCAACCUUCAUUAGAGGCACUAUCUGCGUCCCAAAUGGCACCUUAUUCCCUUUAUAGUGUACUACUUUUGACCAGGGCUCACAGGGCUCUGGUCAAAAGUAGUGCACUAUAUGGGGAACAGGGUGCCAUUUGAAAUGCAUUAAUUGUGCCGACAACAUCAAAGGAGCCUCCCCAGACAAUUAAGUAAGGAGGACUUGGAGUUUGGUAUCAACCAGGUUAGCCAAGAUGAGCAUAUGGCUUAAAUGAACGCCACUGUCCAUUUCUUACUGUGACAUUCUUAAAAGUGAAUUUCAAAUUUCCUCAUGACCCUUGAAGGAACAUUUGUUUUAUCUAUUGAGCGAACAGGGCUGACUCACUUGACAGAUGUUUGGUUUAUCGGCUUGCUUCUGGACAGUACCAGUUAUGCCAAGAAAGCACUUGGGUAAAAAAAAAAAAAGUGUGACAGAAGUAAUGGGAGGAGAUGAAGAUUAGAUCUGAUGAAUGAAGAUGGAGAUGGGAGGGGGUCGGGGGGGCAGAGACAGCCGGGGUAGAUGAAUUGCUAAUAUAGGGUGGGUUAGAAGUAAUGAAGUAAUGCUCUACUAAGGGCAAUUGAAGAAGAGGAAUGUACAAAAGUAAUUUCACUUUGGGUACAUUACGCUGCCACACUUUGCAAUUUGCAUCAGAUCGAACCAAAUCGAAUCAUAUUCAAUUGAAAUCAAUAACCGUUGGCUUGACUGGUAAAGACCAUAAAGUAUUUGCCAAACGAGAUGCCUAUAAGAAAGUUUAUCUUUACAAAUGUGGAUUUCUGUAGGCUUGUCCGGGAUCAAAACUGAGGCACUGAUGUUAAUAAAUGUGUGAUAAGUGUGGGGAGUUGUGUGUGUUAUAAAUUUAGUUGUACUGAGUAACACACACAUUUCAAAACCCAAGUGCCUAGUCAGUUAGAAUGGAGAUCGUGCUCAGCAUCCACUCACUGUUUUAUACAUUUUCAAUAUCUUCCUCUCUCUUUUCAGGUAUCACUGUGCUGCUCUCGCUCACUGUCUUCAUGUUGCUGGUGGCAGAGAUCAUGCCAGCCACUUCAGACUCCAUCCCUCUGAUAGGUGUGUGUGUGUUCUUAUGUGUGUGUUAGAGUGUAGAAUGUGUGUAUGCGCUUGUGUGUGCUUGAAAUAAUUGCCUCAAAUGUUGGUCAGGCCCUGGUGAUCUAACCAUCUGGUUGUCCUUAAAUGUAAUUGGCUAAAUAAAUCGUAGAGAUUCGCUGCUGGAAAUUAUGUACGGUGAGCUCCCUGCAGCUAGACAGAUGGCUACUAAAACACAAAUCCAGUCCACUAAAGCCCAAGAAAAAUGCCAAGUCAUGAUCAGCAAGCAUUAUUGUUAUUACAAAUGGCUUCCUCUCUCUACUCUAAUUGUUUUCUCUCUUUCCUGCUUUUUUGCCGACCUUUCAGGACAGUACUUUGCCAGUACUAUGAUCAUUGUUGGGAUGUCAGUCAUAGCUACAACAGUGGUGCUGCAGUAUCAUCACCACGACCCAAACGGAGGACAGAUGCCCAAAUGGGUAAGGCCAGAGCUCAUACUGUCCACUCCAGCUAGACAGUUACAUUUGACAUUUUAGCAGACGCUCUUAUCCAGAACAACUUACAGGAGCAAUUAGGGUUAAGUGCCUUGCUCACGGGCACAGACAUAUUUCUUUACCUAGUCGGCUCGGGGAUUCGAACCAGAGACCUUUCGGUUACUGGCUCAACGCUAUUAACCGCUAGUCUACCACCAGUCAUUACUAACUAUUAACAUUUCCCAUAGAAAAACAGCUCUAUGCGCUCACCCACCAACCCCUCCGUGGCUGGUCUCCUGGUAUAUCACAAUGCAACAGUUUUUCCCGUUAUGGCUAAUGCUAACAAGCCAACCCUCUUGGUUUGCCACCCUCCUUUGGUAUAGCCAUUUCCUCUUUGCUGCAACUGGCAAAACACUUGGCAUUUUGGAAUAAUAUUUCUAGAUUUUGUAUUUUAUUUCAAAUGUAUUUGGGUACAUCUUCCCAUUGUAAAUCAACUAAUAUGGUAGCUUAAUGACUUUAAAUAAUUUGUACUACUAUGAUAACAUUUUACCACCAGUAGGAGUAGUAACAACAAUGACGUAACACCAAUGACAAAUUUGAGGUAAUUUAAGAUUUUCUUAAAUGGAGGCCACAGAUGCUCAAAUCUAAGGUCAUUAACCCUUAAAAAAGUAUUGACCAAAGUGAUAUGAUUAAUCAUUUUAGUUCAACAUUUUGAAUACUAAUUUUGAAUACUUAUUUCCCUCAUUAAAAUGCAAAUCAAUUUAUAACAUUUCUGACAUGCGUUUUUCUGGAUUUUGUUGUUGUUAUUCUGUCUCUCACUGUUCAAAUCAACCUACCAUUAAAAUUAUAGACUGAUCAUUUCUUUGUCAGUGGGCAAACGUACAAAAUCAGCAGGGGAUCAAAUACUUUUUUCCCUCACUGUAUGAUGUGUAACUAUUUGUCAUUUUAAAGUGUUUUUUUUAUGGUUCCAAAGGCGAGAGACGCAAAUGCCACUGCAAUUCAAAAAUGACUCAUGCAAUACUUGUUGCCACGCUACCUUUGAUACCUUAAUUGCUACCCUCUUUAUCUGCCCUUCACUUCAACUGUCCUAGGUUAUUGUUUCAACGUCUCUUUCUAGAAUUUUCUCCAUCUUUUCAUCCUCCAAUCUCUCACAUCCCUCUGUAUUUGUCCUUCUAAACCGCUUAUACUAACAAUCACUAUAUCUCCUCACUCCUUCACAGUCUGUCCAAGUUCGCAUCAACUGUACCAUACCUUUCUGUUGGACCCAACAAUACAUUGGGUCUGUAGGCUUGUGUUUGACUUACUCAGUUUCUAGCCUUACCCUAGUCUCUCACCUUGUGCAAUACCUUGAAGCUUUUCCAAAUGCAUUUCUCAGCUUCCCCUGUUUGGCGGUAUGGCAUUUACAGAUUAAUUGAUAUCAUCAACUCAGAGAAUGGGUUUUGGUGAAGGAGAGUGGAUGGGUUGCAGAUGCUUUAUAGAUUGGUGCAAUCUGCAAGGUCUUCCCACUGAUAAAUGGCCCACUUUGGGUAGUCAGCUGGCCAAUUAGCAAUGUAAAUGAUUGGGGUUCAGAGAAGGGCAUCGAACUGGCAACGUUCAUAAUUGCACACAACAACAACAGACACUAUAGCGCCCCACGAUGGAGGUGUCACAAUACCCAUAAAGCCUAAUGGUCAAACUGCGAAAUAGUUCCAAUCGUUUUUCCACCAUUCAUUUUUCCAAUAGGGAAUUUUAGAAACACUUAAAUUAAGGGCUGUGUUUCAUGUAGGCUUACCCUGGCGUGACGUUUUGAUAAUCAUGUAAGUCUCUCUCGGACAAGUUGACUUUUAUCAAUAUAUUCUGCUCUAUUUACUCUCAAAUUCGAAAAUGCUAUUUAGCAUUCAGUACAGUGCAUUCGGAAAUAUUCAGACCCCUUGACUUCUUCCACAUUUUGUUACGUUACAGCCUUAUUCUAAAAUUGAUUAAAAUAAAAAUGUUUCCUCAUCAAUACCCCACAAUGACAAAGUGAAAACAGCACUCUCAGAACAUGAGAAACAAGAUUCUCUGGUCUGAUGAAACAAAAAUUUAACUAUUUUGCCUGAAUGACAAUCUUCAUGUCUGGAGGAAACCUGGCACCAUCCCUACGAUGAAGCAUGGUGGUGGCAGCAUCAUGCUGUGGGGAUGUUUUUCAGCGGCAGGGACUGAGAGACUAGUCAGGAUCGAGGGAAAGAUGAACGUAGCAAAGUACAGAGAGAUCCUUGAUGAAAACCUGCUCCAGAGCGCUCAGAACCUCAGACUGGGGCGAUGGUUCACCUUCCAAUAGGACAACAACCCUAAGCACACAGCCAAGACAAUGCAGGAGUGGCUUCGGGACAUGUCUCUGAAUGUCCUUGAGUGGCCCAGCCAGAGCCCAGACUUGAACCUGAUCGAACAUUUACAUUUACAUACAUUUUAGUCAUUUAGCAGACGCUCUUAUCCAGAGCGACUUACAGUUAGUGAAUACAUAUAUAUAUAUAUAUAUUUUUUUUAUACUGCCCCCCCCCCUGGGAAACGAACCCACAACCCUGGCGUUGCAAACACCAUGCUCUAUCAACUGAGCUACAUCCCUGCCGGCCAUUCCCUCCCCUACCCUGGACGACGCUGGGCCAAUUGUGCGCCGCCCAUGAGUCUCCCGGUCGCGGCCGGCUGCGACAGAGCCUGGAGAGACCUGAAAAUAGCUGUGCAGCGACGCUCCCCAUCCAACCUGACAGAGCAUGAGAGGAUCUGCAGAGAAGAAUAGGAGAAACUCCCGAAAUACAGGUGUGCCAAGCUUGUAGCGUCAUACCCAAGAAGACUUGAGGCUGUAAUCGCUGCCAAAGGUGCUUCAACAAAGUACUGAGUAAAGGGUCUGAAUACUUAUGUAAAUGUGAUAUUUAAUUUAAAUGUUUAAUACAUUUGCUAAAAUGUCUAAAAACGUGCGUUUGACAUGUCAUUAUGGGUUAUUGUGUGUGUAGAUUCAUGAGGGGGAAAAAACGAUUUAAUCCAUUUUAGAAUAAGGCUGUAACGUAACAAAAUGUGGAAAAAGUCGAGGGGUCUGAAUACUUUCCGAAUGCACUGUAGACAUCAUGCAAGACUACAGAUCUCUGCAAGCUCCUGCACGUCAUCUCUGACACCUUCGCUAACAGGUACUGUGUCAAUUUAAAACUUGCACAAGACAGUUCACAGAAUUGUCAAUUUAAAUAAAUGUAGCCAAUUUAAUCAUUAAUAAAAUGUAGAUAACUUUAGAUAGUUAAACCAAGGUAGCAGCGCAGACCAGAAGCAGUGGACUUGAGUGUGUCUGUGUUUGUGUCCUCAAAACUUGCAGUGGGCAGAUGAUCUGCUGUAACUCAUUCAGAACGCAGAUCGGCAUUUCCUCUUUUUUUCCUAGCCUCUCUCCGCUUGUUAGAUAUUAUGCACAUUGAUAGCUUGCUAGAAAACAUCUUCAAAUGAUUUACAUGUGAGGAGAAAUUACGAGUGAAAUUAUCAAGUGAUGAAGAGCAAGCGAAUGGAGAGAAUACAUGUCAAAGUAUUACUUUGAAGUUUUGUGAUCGGUUCACCAAAGUGAGCGUCGUCCCAAAGCCGGGACUUGGUGAAUGGCUCGGUUUUUACAGAGCCGUAGGCAGAAUCUUUUAAGAUAACAUCUUCAAAUGAUUUACAUGUGAGGAGAAAUUACUAGUGAAAUUAUCUCUUGGCGGAUUUUAAUGUACCGCGUUUUUUACCCCCUACCCCUUUCAGAUAUAAAGAAAAGACGGUAUAAAGAAUACGGUAUGGUUUUUGUCUAUAUAUAAAAGGGAUAAAAGAUACCUAAGGGGGAGACAAAUGCCUGUGUCUAACUUUAAUUCCGUGGUUAGAAUUUAAAUUAAGCUUUAUAUCCCCCAAAAGGUUUCCUGCCUUCGGCAAUUUUCUAAUUCUUGUGCUCAUGAAAGUCGUGUUGAAUACAAAAGGUCAAGUUGAAUGUACCAGCAUCCGCACACACCACCCACUGUGUGUCAAGCUUUUACCAGCUGAAAGGUUUUCCACCUAGUGUAUUUUCAAGUGCACUUCCCUUUUAAGCUGUAGGUCUAUUCCUCACUAGAUGUGUUAACCUCCCUUGCUAUGUAUCUACACUGAGUGUACAAAACAUUAAGAACACCUUCCUAAUAUUGAGUUGAACCCCCCCCCCCCCCCCCCUUGAGCAGGAAAAAACGCACCGUUGCAGUUCUUGCCACAAACCCGUACGCCUGGCACCUACUACCAUACCCCGUUCAAAGGCACUUAAAAUCUUUUGUCUUGCCCAUUCACCCUCUGAAUGGCACACAUACAUAAUACAUUUCUCAAUUGUCUCAAGGCUUAAAUCCUUCUUUAACCUGUCUCCUCCCCUUCAUCGACACUGAUUGAAGUGGAUUUAACAAGUGACAUCAAUAAGGGAUCAUAGCUUUUACCUGGUCAGUCUGUCAUGGAAAGAGCAGCUGUUCUUAAUGUUUUGUACACUCAGUAUAUAUUAUAACAUCCUUCUCUGAUUGAUUCUCACUUCUCUCUUUCUCUUCCUUUCAGGUUAAUGUGGUCCUACUGCAGUGGGUAGCAUGGUUCCUACGUAUGAAGCGCCCAGGGGAGAGUGAUGACCCAGAGCGACCACCCUGUGCCCCCCACCUACGGCGCUGCUCCUCAAGCUCCCAAAGUGGUAGCAUCCCUAACCCUCCAGACCCCACACUCCACCCGCUCCACCCCCAGAACCUGGCCCCUCUCCAGGCUGGCCCCCUGCACGCGGGUCACCCCCACCUUCACGCCCAGUCCAGCGCCAACAACAAUGGAAACCUGCUCUACAUCGGCUUCCAGAACCUGGACGAACCCCCACUGCUCCCAGAUCACAUCCAGAGUUACAGCAUCUCGGCCGGGCCUCCUCGAGUAGCAGGCAGCCCCCCUCCCAAUCUGCCCCCUCCAUUCUGCAGCCCUCCGCCACCCCCCACCCCCAAUGCGGACACCGUGGGCUGCCCUAGCACCGUUUCCAGUGGCGGGGGCUUCGGAAUGGGGGGCGGAGGACAGUACUCGGCAGGGGGUAUAGGCGACCCCCAGCUCCAGGCUAUUCUGGAGGAAGUGCGUUACAUGGCAGACCGCUUCCGUGAGCAGGAUGAGACGGAGAGCGUGGCUGACCAGUGGAAGUUUGCGGCAGCAGUCAUCGACCGGCUUUGCCUGGUGGCCUUCAGUGUGUUCAACAUCAUCUGCACCAUCGCCAUCCUCAUGUCCGCUCCCAACUUUGUGGAGGCCGCCUCCAAGGACUUCUUCUGA